GCUUCUUACACAAAGUUUUCCUGUGUUCUGAGGUGUCCUUUAUUGCUUUCAUGAGGUGUGUAUAAAUAUCUAUAUAUGUGUUUUUGUGGGGCUGGAUUGCAUUCUGGAAAAAUCGCUGGCAAAAUUCCUGUGGAGCUUCAAGGAACAGGAUCAGCCCUUUAAUGUUUGAAGAGUUUUCUGACUUCUUAUUGGCUAAUGGACGAGCUCCAGUAAGCAGAGUUGCUGUGAAGUUUAGACUAAGCUCUCUCUGCCUUUAAUCAGAAAAAUCAAAACGUAGUUGGAGUUGAGCAAAGCCAAACACUUCAGGAGACUUCCUCACUUAUUUGGAAAGAAGAUUCAUGGAACAGUGGCAUUCAUAAAAUAAGAAUUUUUUACUUCUAUUCUUUUUUUUUUUUUUAAUACAUAUAUAUAAUUGAUCUACAGAGUGAAAUAGCAGCAUAUUUGGGAUAAAUAUAUUCAAAUGGACAUGGGGACACCUUUUGCCCUCUAUUCCAGCAUGGGACUCUGGUCCAGGCUACCUCCAACCUCUGCCAGCUCUAUCAUGAUAUUAUUUCUUGUGAAACAGUAUUUUCACUCCCAGGCCAAAGGUUCUCUGCUGGAAAAAACCACUACUGGAUGGAACAAAUAUAAACAGGAAUGCUUGAAAAUGCUGCAGGAAUCAUCUGUAGAUAGUGGAGUACAUUGCAAUGGGACAUUUGAUCAGUUUGUUUGCUGGCCUUACUCACGCCCAGGAAAUGUCUCUGUUCCUUGUCCUUCAUACUUGCCAUGGCUGGAAAAUGGAAGUGUAGGACAUGUAUACAGAGUCUGCUUGGAUGAAGGGAUUUGGCAAACAAAGGAAAAUUCCACAGACAUUUGGCGAGAUAGCUCAGAAUGUUCUGAGAAAAAUCAUUUCCAAAAAAAUGAAGAAGAACAUAAACUACUCACCACAUUACAGCUGUUGUACACUAUAGGAUAUUACUUUUCUCUCAUCUCUCUGGUAUUAGCUCUGCUUAUACUUUCUUUACUCAGAAAGCUUCACUGCACAAGAAACUACAUCCAUAUGAAUUUAUUUGCAUCCUUUAUCUUGCGUGCUGCAGCAGUUCUUAUAAAAGAUUCUGUCUACUACAAUAUUUACUCAAAAAGACCAAAUGAUGAAACUGGAUGGAUCUUAUACCUCAGUCCAGAGAUUGUAAUCAUUUGCAGGACUGCCCAGUUUUUCAUGCAUUACUUUGUUGGGGCAAAUUACUUCUGGCUAUUGGUGGAAGGAAUUUAUCUGCACACAUUACUGAUAACUGUGGUUCUCUCUGAAAGAAGACUGCUGCAGACAUACAUUGUGAUAGGAUGGGUUGUUCCAAUCCUGUUUGUGGGCCCUUGGGGAAUAAGCAGAUCCAAACUGGAGAACACUGGGUGCUGGGGAACAAAUGAACACAUGGGGAUCUGGUGGAUCAUCCGAGGACCAAUGUUGUUUUCCAUUGCAGUUAAUUUUGUCAUCUUCUUAAAAAUUCUCAGAAUGCUGAUUUCCAAGCUAAAAGCUCAGCAAAUGACCUUUCAUGACUACAAAUACAGAUUGGCAAGAUCUACACUUGUGCUGAUUCCAUUGCUGGGGAUCCACGAAUUUGUGUUUACCUUCAUCACUGAUGAACAGGUGGAAGGACUUUCAAGACAUAUCAGGCUUUUCAUUCAGCUGACAAUGAGCUCAUUUCAUGGUUUCUUGGUAGCAGUUCUCUAUUGCUUUGCUAAUGGAGAGGUGAAAGCAGAGCUGCAGAAGCAGUGGUCGCGUUUCCUGCUGGCAGAUCCCUUUGGCUGCAAGCUCUGCUUCCUCGGGGAGAACAUCAAAUACCUGAGGAAGUGUUCUCAGAAGCGGAAGAAGCACCCCCCGAGCAGCCAGCAGCGCCUGUGCCUGCGGGUGAGCAGCCCCUGGGAGCUGCAGCUGCAGCGGGUGCUGGGCAGGCAGAGGACGGGGGCGCAGGCAGGGCCCCCCCAGAUGAGCAUGUCCGACAGCAGCGAGGGAGAGGUGACCACCGGGGAGACCACCGAGGAGGUCUUUGAGGAGAGCGAGAUCUAGGGAGCCUCAUGUCGCUGUUCGCUCAACACACGGGCUUGGAAUUUGGGAGAGCAGCAGCAGCGGAGAAAAACCUCUCCCUUUGUUUGUUACUUGCUAUUAUAUAUUUGUUGAAAGGUGACCAUGGAUUGGAGGGUGGUGUCACAGUAUCAGAGUAUCACAAGGUUGGAGGACACCUUCAAGAUCAUCGAGUCCAACCUGUUCCCUGACCUCACCUAAACCAUGGCACUGAGUGCCACAUCCAAUCUUUGUUUAAACACAUCCAGGGAUGGUGACUCCACCACCUCCCCAGGCAGACCAUUCCAGUACUUUAUCACUUAUUCUGUGGAAAACCUUUUCCUAAUGUCCAACCUGUAUUUCCCUUGACGCAGCUUGAGGCCGUGUCCUCUCGUUCUGUCAGUGCUGCCUGGUGAAAGAGGCCAACCCCACCUGGCUACAAACACCCUUCAGGAAGUUGUACAGAGUAAUUCCCACCUCUCAACCACGCUGGUCAAAGGGACUGACAGACAACCCUGUCUGUUUCAGAAAGGAAAGUGAAAACAAUAUCGAUGUUUAUAAAACGCAAUCUGCUGUUUACGUGAAAGAGCGUGAGAAGGUUCACACUUCUACUUUAACAUGAACGCUCAGCAAACCAGGAAAAUCUCAUGGUGACACUGUCCCCAUGGGACAGCACCUGCCAGUGUUGGGACAGACCUCUCAUCUGCCCAGAGCUCAGGAUGGGCAGUGCUGGAGCAGUUGGCAGCCCAGGUGUUCUGCUUUUCCUGGUCUGAGAUAAACGUUGCUGUUCUGGAUGUUGCAGACCCAUGUGGAGGAGUAGAAGAGCUCUUCUGGAUGGAGCAUUUGAGCUUUGAGCUGGCAUUUCUGGUUUUGUGAGGUGCACAAGGAAGCUGGAUGAACUCUGGAAAUGGGAGGCUCUGGAGACACAUUUUGUCAGCUUCAUCCGUGACUGGCUUUGAGUCACGUCAUGAGAAGUUCUUAGCUUUUCUUUUUCAUAGGAGUGGUUCACAAAUAGAGAGAUGUGUGUGGAAAACUCCUUUCUUCACAGACUGAAAUCAUACCCCAUCUCAAGAAAACCACCCUGAUUUUAAACAAACCAGACCAAACAGAUAUAUAUAUAUAUAAUUCAAGAAGAAGAAGCAGCUUUUGCUUGCAUUUUUGAGCAUCUUCACCUAAAGUUUAGUGCUGGAAAUGUCAUUAUGAGAUGAAAACCCAAAAUACUUCCACGGAAUGUGCUCAAAUGAAAUGUUCUGAUACAAUUUUUGUUACCUUAUUUUAAUUUAUUUUAAUUUUUAUGUGACACAAGCCACUGUGACUUCUGGUUUUCCUUACGUGUCCUUAAAGACAAAACAGCUCAGUGGGAAGUGCUGCCUCCACCUUCCUCCCAGGGAACCCAAAAUGGAUAAAGACAUGGGAUUGUGACAGCACCACAAGAGUAUUGUGAAAUUCUUCUUCCUCCAUUUAACAAGAGCCAUGGUAAAGUUUCAUUUCUCACAUCCAAACUCAUCCAAACUCAUUCAUAGAGACCUAUGAAAUGCAAUCAAGUUUGUUAAUAUUCUAUGAUCCAGCUUAUAUAACUUAUCAAUAUUUUUUAUGAUUAUUUAUCAGGCUACAAAGGUUUAGCCAUGCAGCCUGUGGCAUUUAUACUCUUUUAUUGCAAAGAACAGAUCAAUUCCUUGAUUAGCACUAGCUCAAGAACAUAUUUCUGGCACUUUAAAAAAGUAUUUCUUUUACAGCUCUGUGUUAACCUAUUUAAUCAAUACAAAGUUGUAUAUUUCAGUAAUAUAUUAAUAAACUGUAAAUGUUUGAUCCAUUUUAAAAUAAUAUAUCUGCAGCUUUUAAAGGUUAUUUUACUAGAAUGUGAAUUCUGCUUUUAUAGAAUUUUACUGCAAUGGAUUUCUUCAGCAGCCACUGGAAACACCAGACACCAAACGUGCCCACAUUGUGUCUUUAAAGAGAUUGAUUUCUUCUAGAGCCAUUAUUUAAGAUAUUAAAGAGAUUGAAGUGGUUUAGAAUGUGUUUUUCCUAAGUGUUAAAAACAUUGAAAUCAUAAGAUUUUAUGGCAUCUCAGUGAAAUAGUUUACUUUUUUAUUGCAUUUUAAAGAUUUUCAUGUGGUCAAGAAACCAGUUUUCUGUGUUUUGACCAGCAGUCCCUCUAGCUGCAUUUUCUCCUCUCUGUGUUUGGGUUUUUUGCCUCUUUUCAGUUUAUAAAAAUCAACUCUUGUUAUAUAAGCAGGCCCUGUUGGCCUGAGGUCUGAUCCAGACAAAAACAACCAUCACAUGGAUUCCUUCAGAAAGCGCCUUUCUAAGUAGACAACAGCAAGAAUACAGCAUUAUUUAUUUUACAGAAUUAUUUCAAGCUCCUAAUUUCCAAAUAUUUCUAGAAAGCGGCAGCGAACUUCCCAAUUCACAUAGGUUAGUCAGAGUCAGGAAUAGCUGAAUAUCCUUCUGGGGACCUGAAGGUCAGGAAUCCUCCUGGGAUUUUCUUUCCACCCUCUGUGGAGCCCCUGAGGGACACUGAAGCCUGGGGAGCUGAUAAAUCCACCUGGGAUGCCACAAGUGCACAGCCUGGACACACAGGAACAUGGGGAGGACAAGAAACAGGAUUUGUUCUGACCAAAGAGUGGAGGAGACAGCCUGACCUCAGCUGGUGUUUGUUUGCAAGUGGCAUUUAAUGUCAAUUAUUUAUCUAAUCUGCACACUGACUAAUUAUCAGGCAACAGAAAGUUUAUCAUUCCCCCCAGGGGUUUCUGCUUGUGCAGAGCUGGUAACAAGAGAAAAGAGGUCUUUUCUCUUUAUCAAAUCUCACCUUUAGUCCCCAGAUUUCCACUGCCUUAUGAGAAAGCCUGGUGGGAGAUAAAGGCUCCCCACAGUCCUGGGAGUCUGGACCCUGCUGAGUCAAUCCAUGCAGUAAAACAAGGGGGUCUGUGAAGCCUCAGGACACCAGAGACAACCCACACCCAAACCUGACUGCACAGCUUUGCCAAGGAUUUUGCUUUCUGUCCAAACUUGCAUAAGAGGGGGAAAAAAAGAAAUUAAAAAAAAAAAAAAAAAAAAAAAAAAAAAAAAAAAAAAAAGGAAAAAAUAGAAAAAGAAAGAAAGAAAGAAAAAAAAAGUAUUCCAAGCCCAGAAUAGCCUGUGGGGUUCAGAAAAGCUUUGCCAUGGGAUGUGGUGUGAGAACUGAUCUGAUAUGUACAAAUAAGGUUUAUUCCAUCUCAAUAAUCUGUUGUGACACAGGCUAUUAAUCUUUUAUGUUUUACUACACCUAGAGCACAACCUUCCAGACACAGUGGCUCCUCCUACAGCCAGAGAUGUCAACUGUAUGCUAAUUAUUUAUGUGUACUUACAUUCUUUGUUAAAUAUAUUGCUUCUACAUGCCAGGGUCUGUGCCUCAAAGGCUCAGACAGUAAAGCACAAACAUUCCAUUCUGGAAAGAUCUGUCAGUUAUGCCUUGGAAUUGAUAAUAGUGGUCCUUCCUUUCACUUCUUUUCAUUUGAUUCUGGCAUUUUCUUCCCUUUUCCCAUCAGCCUGAGGUUCCAUUAAGGAAAAUUUUGUGAUCUGUAAAAUUCUUCACGAUGUUAUUUUGCUGACAUCAUCUUCCCCAACUUCCAUAGCAACCACCCUUCUGGGUUUUUAACUAUUUUUUUUCCACCUGCCAUUUCAAAUCUCACAAACUCUCUGCUGUGCUAAAUGUCAUCUCGUGUUUAGAUAUCUCUGCAGUCAUUCCUUGGAGCCACACACAACUACAGGGAGAAGCAGCUGCUUUUGAGCUUCAUCAUUGCAAUUAGCUCCAGGAAAUUAAAGUUCAGCUGCCACAUACCCAGGCCUCAAAGGCUGUUUCCUUGGGCAUCACAUUCAUCACAUUGGCUGAGCAAAGAGGAUGCAAAACACCACCUGGAAGAACUAAGGAAAGGAACAAAACCAGCAGAAAGGCACUAGGCAGAAUUCUUCAGCUUUUUCUUUUCUCCUUUGCCUUUCAGGAAAGGAAAUGGGUGGAUAUAUUGGACUUUAUUUGAGAAAUAUAUCACAGGAGAUCAAUUAUCAAUCACUGAUUAAACUGUCCAUCUGUCUAUCUGUAGGGAGGCAAAAAAUCUGUCCCGUGCUGUUUAACUCCAGCACUGAGACUGCUGGGGAAGGGCCCUGAGCAGGGGAUCAAAGUGUAAUUUAGGGUUGAAUCACAAUGUAUUCCACAUAAUUCAUGUCCCAGCUUUCUCCUCCCACCCUUCCCCAUGAAACUGGUGCUCACUAGUCACUGCCAUGCCAGGACACUCGGCUAUAUGAACAUCUGGCCUAAUCCAGAGUUUUACUUUUCACAGACCUGGGAGGUAAGAAAUGGAUUGGUUUCAGCAACAGAGGAAAAGCAACAAAGGUCAGAAAGGCACUGAGCACACAUCUGCCUGUGGUGGCUGCAAGCACCAGGCUGUUCAGUGCACUUGAACACGCAGCUGCACACAGUUUACAGGCACUCCCAUGAGUGUGAGCCAACAGGAAAGAACCCUGAGCAGUGCUGGGAGGGUGUCUGGACUCAACCCCCACAUUUCCACAUCCCACCACAGUGCCAUCCAGCCUUCCUCCCUUUUACACAGAAUUUCAGAAAGUGGAAGGGCAGUGGGAAGAGCCCCAGGAGCCUGAGAGCAAAGCUGGCUGCUGAACUCAGCUUAAAGACACCCGAGCAGCUGCUACAAAAAACCAGUCCCAGUCUCUUUGAGCAAAGAACCAGAGACAAAUGAAACAGUCUUAAAGCAUUUGCUAAGUCUAAAAGGGAAAAAAAAAUCAUAGCUCUGUAAAUAAAGAUUGUAACUCCUGCUGUAGCUCUGAGAGACUUGAGUGUUUGGUUUUGUACUUGAUAAAACAGGAAGUCAGAAUCAAAUCUGAGCCGAAGGUUUUCAUCCUCUGUUUUCAGGGACUUUUGAAAACAACAGUGCAAACAGCCUGCAGCACAGACCACUGAGGUUGGAUUGUUUGUCCCUACAAUAAAUACUUCACCAGUGCAUGUUUGCAAUUUGUUUUCAUUUGUAUAAGGACCAAGACAGUAACUUCCCCAAGGAUGAAACAGAACAUGAGUAUUUCUGUGUUUUAAGUCAAGCUAGAGGAUCAUGACUGCUGAAACUUUCCUUGUGUGUGAGGUUAGGUCAAAGUAAGCUGUGCAAAUAGAAUUCCCUGGGCCAUCUGACCAUCAGUUCAGAAAUUGCCACUGUGCUCACUGAAACCACACGACAGAAAUGGUGGUAGUGCAGAAAACCAGGAAAGAUUACAAGAACUGAGUUACACCAACUGCUUUGACUUUGCACUUUUACUUUACACACAGCUUUACUUCUAAGGGCCUCAUGCAGAACACAGGUCAUUGACUUCUGAAGGCUUAAAAACACUUUCAGCCCACCCACCACAUAGAGUAAGUUUAACUUUUUCAAUUGACUCACAGCAGUAGCCACGUCUACUCCUAUUUCAAUGGCCUCAUGUGCAUCCUUCCAUGAACACUGCAAAUCAUCAUGAACAUCUGUCACCUUCUGCAGGCUGUCUGUCCAUCCUAAGCCCUGCAAGGCAGAGUUGUCUCUUUGUGUGUCCAGUGGCCAACACAGAUGAAAAGAGAUCCAACAGAUCAUUUUCAGGGCCCCCAAGAGCCCCAACAGGACUUACCUGCCUUAGGGCUGGCCCAUGGGUCCAGGAGCACUGCUUUAAGUUCUGGCCUGAGACAUUUGUGGGUGUCUCAGGUACGUUGUAGGUGCAGUUAUGUCCUGCUUUUCUUCUUGGAUGGACCUCAGAAGCCAAAGGCUUAAUUACAUUGCAGAAUCCAAGCUCAUUUUUAAAUUAUUAGGGCGGCAGAAGUCUAGCACAGAUAUUCCUGUGCAGAAUGGUGUUAGACCUCGUGAGCUCUGCAUCUAAAUAUUGCAGACUGCAAAGAUGCCACCCUGCCACUGCCAAUGCCUGGUCCUCUCACUGUGAUGUUUUUCUGGGCACUGGCAUGACAGCAGCACAGCAAAUGGCUCAUUCAGUAUCUCCCCAACCUGGGUUCCAAGGUCAGCUCAAAGUGCUCUACAACAGGAGGUGCUUUCUGCUGUCAGGUUGCAGCUAAAUGUGCCACAGCAUGUGGAGGGUAUUCACCAGCUGCUCUGCACCAUGCAUCAGAAUCUGGAUCAGAGCUCUGAGAUUUUUUUUAACAGAUUUAGGUAAUUUUGGACAAGGUGCAAAGACAUUGCUGUGAAAACUGAGCUUUCACCUGGAACUUUUUCAGUGUUUUACCUUCAGGGUCUGCUCCUUUCCAAGAAGACUGUGCACAGCUCUGCCACCACUUCCCACCUCCCUGCACAAGCACAGAGUGCAGGGGGAUGCAGAAAACAAUUCUUACGUGAGUUCAAAACUGGAAAACUUCUUAGAAAUAAUCUCCACAGAGGUUUAUGAGAUGCAUGGAUGUGCUGUCUCCAAGAGUCACACCCUGCUGGAAGGGGGGCUCGUGUUCUGCAGAACUUUGACUCCCAGGUGAUGCCUUAAGUUUUAUCUUUCAUGUAUUUCAGACUCUGUGCUGCCCAGGGGUGCAGCUCUGAGCUCACACUCAGGGUCACUCAGCUCUGCACACAGCAGGGACACAAAACAAAUCCUUCUCCUGCUCUGAUCCCCCUUCCACAGGCAGGUGUUGAGCAGGAUUUUGGCAGGCCUGAUGUUGACUCUGUCAGAAAACCUGUCAGCAUGCAGUUAACUCAAAUAUUGACGGAGAAAAUUCAUUAAAAAGGUUUUAUAGCAGUGCUUCCACCUGAGCUUCAAGCUGCAAGUGAAGCUUGAAAGUAAAGGAGAGCCUGGGUGGGGAAGAGAUCCAGAUCACUUAAAAGAUGAAAACACACCCAUUCCAUGGCAGCUGCUCUCAGGCUGCUCAUGGUCAGCUUGUUUGCUCAAGAACCACUUAACCACACGUGUUUCUUAAAUUGAUUUCCAGAAAAAAACCCCAACAGAUUGAAAAUAAAAACUGUAGGGACCCUACAAAUGUGAAUAUCAUGGGAAGAUCUGAAAAGGCCAAACAAAAAAAGAUUACAGUGAUGUGGCUGCAAAUUCAAGCUGCCUUAAGCUAAAAUCAACAAAGUCCAUGUGUAUGUGGCACCCCACAGAAUGUCUUGGAUCAAACUGCACCUUGCAAAGUGUGGGAGAAGAAAAAGCAACUGGGUAAAGACAAUUCCAUGCUCAAUGUGUCUCUGUACAGUUUAUUUUACAGGAGAUGAGAUGAGCACUAUGGUGUAUAUAAACUUGCAGAACAAUAUAGGAAAAUACAGUUUAACCAUAUGAAAUUGUUUUACAGUAAGACAGAAAAAUUACAUAUAGGAAAUGCCUUCAACACUGAAGGACAAGAUCCACAGCUGACAUCAAGUAGCUUCCACUGAACCCUGCCAGUUUACCCGAGCUGAAGAUCUGCCCCUUAAAUCUUUUCUUCAUUCAACUUAAGUUCAGUAAGUGAUUCCUUCAUCUGUCCUUAGGGAACAAAAGCCAUCCCAUAAUUUCCACAAUGAUCCAAGAUUUACUAGUAACCCAGACAGAGGCUGUAUGAUCAAUAAACUAUUUAAGGGGUCUAGUCAGCCAAAAUUUAGGGGAAGUUAUAAAAUUUUGGUUAAGCAUCUUUAAGAACAAGUCGUUAGUACUGGCAAAAGACAACUUUCCUAGAAAUUUAGAAGUAUUUAGGAAACCUUACACAAAAAAAAGGACCAAAUAAGCAACUUUAUUUUGGUAGAAAAGUCUGGUUUAGUGUGUGACUGGUAAUCUGGCCUACCUGUGAAUCCCUGCUGCUACAGUGUCUGCAGAACUGCCCAGUGGAAUUCUCACACUGUCUUGUAUUGCAGAAAACAAGGAAAUCAUCCAGGGAGAAGAAAAUAUUUUUGUCCAACACUAGUACCUGCUGUUUUCAUAAUGGAUAGAGGGUGCUGUCCCUAAAGAGUGCUUUUGACCUAAAAGAGUAGGGACAUCCAAAUUCCUUAGGCUGUUCUGAUAAUCUCAGCCAUUUCAUCAAAAAACUCCAGAGGAACAAGGGAUUUCAGGUCAACCAUUCCCAAAUUCUGGGAUUAACACAACUUUGAUUAUUAUGUUAGCAGAUGUGAGAUUCCCUGAAAUCAUAUUCAGCUUUUGAGUUCCAGGACCAGAACAUUUCCUCUCCCCAAUUGCUGUAAAAAAAAAAAGUUUUGGGCUUUUAUUCUUAUUAUUAAUUAUUAUUAAUUUUAUGCAAUAAAGUGUAACAACUCUUUUAUGCAAAAUUAUCACUGCAUACUACUUUUAUGCAGAAUUUCUUGCCUAUUCUACUGAGACCAAGGAUGGGUCCAAAGAUUAGCUUCAGUGCAGUUGCUUUAAAGUUUAUUUUUUUCUAUUUCAUUUUCAGCAUUGAGAACUUAAGAUUCCUGAUCUGGACAGCAAUUUAGCAGAGCCAAAGGCAGGUCUGCUGGAGAUGGGGGUGUCCUAAAAGUGUGCACAGUCAGAGCAAGGAAGGGGCUGAGAAUCCUGCACAGAUCAGUGCACAGUGGCUGCUCCUGAGGUUUGGCAAUUUGUGGGGUGAAUCUGUGUAUUUUUCACAUGCUUGUAGCAGAUACUGUUUAAAGAGGCACUUCAAGGGGAUCUACUAGCAGAAUUUUAAUAGGGUUGUGAUACAAGCCAUUACUCAGUUAACCUGUUAAAUCAGUAGCCCUAAAAGACUGCAUAUAUUCAAAAUUAUAGUCCUGAUAUAUUCAAAAUUAUAGUCCUGUCCACUCACUGAACCUGGAUAGAGCAGCUGGAAAGCUUUUGUUCUGAAUAUCCACUGAGUUUGUCUCUUACGACACACCUGAAAUAGUUCAACUUAAUGUAAGUUGAGGGAAUUAAAUUUGAAUGUCUCAAAUCUAUAUGUGAUUUUUAUUCUGUGAUUACUUUGUGGUUAAUCUAAGACUUUUUUUUUUUAAUUGGUCUCUGAAAGAUUUUAUCCAUGUACAGUUCUUAGACUCAGAUGCAUCAUUAGGCACAAAAGGUUUCUGCCUUGAGGAAUGCAUGGGAUUAGAAAUUUAAAUUGAAUUGUGCUAUGUGUUGGUCCCUUCAGAAAAAACAUCCAGGAAGGAAAAAGAAACUGUGGCUACCACAAAAAGAAAUUAUUACACUUCCAAACCUGCUGGCUGAUAAAAAAUUUCAAAAUAAAACCCAAAAUAAUAUCUGCAAAGAAAUUCUUCAAACUCUCAGAAAACACCCAAAAGCAUGAAGUUUGGUCAGCACAUUGAAGUGACAGAUAUGUUCUAUGAAAUUUCAAAAUUAAAGGUCCUGAAAGGUGUUGUAUUUCACUGAUGAAGGGCUGACUACAUUAACAACAGAGCGAGAAAAGUAAAGAGUUGAAAGAUGCACCACUCAUAUGAAUAAAAUCUACUGUAAGACAAAGCAAACGGGUGUUAUUCUUACAACAACACUUCUCAGGAAAAGACCAGGAUGUGCUGCCAGGAAAGACUUCAUUCCCACUGUGCAACAGCAGGGCUGUGUGCCCCAGGCCCCUGGAGCUGGGGAAUAUUUGGGCAGCCAAAUGCCAGAGCCCCUUCUGCAGUGCCAGGGCAGCACUGGCACCUGCUGGUCCUCUGUGGGUGCAGCCAGGUGUGAGGUGGGAGCUCUCAUCGAGCAGCAGACACCUCCCAGCACUGAUUUUCAGUGCUGAGCAGGACUGGAGGGUGAUGGGUGCCUUAUUCAUCAUCAGCAGCACCCCUCAGGGUCUGAGAGAUGAGGGAAGGACCCUCCUGCCUGAUGUGUGUGCUCUUAUCUGGAUUUACCUGUGACUCGUGCCCACCUGGAGAAGGCAGAGGUGGCCAGCAGGCUCCUCUGGUGCACACAGGAUGCCUGAGGGCUGCUCCCAUCCCUGGCAGAGGGUGGGAGCAAUGUCCACACAGCAGAGCCAGUGCCUCAGCAGCCUCUGCCACGCCACUCUCCUCUUUCAACACACACUGCGCAGCAAAAAGCCCGCAGGCUUUCCAGAGAGGUCUGGGAACUGAAAAGCUCAUUAUUUUGAAAACUGCCUUUUUAACACUGUCUUUUGAAGACGUAAUUGCCAAAUGAGAGGAAUGUCAGGGUGGCCAGGCCUGCCCUCAGGACACGGGAGUCUGCUGCCAUCUCUGGGAACAGACACAGCAGGCUGCACCAGUGGGCAACAGCACACCAGAUACUGUGAAACAGUAAAUCUGUUUUCAGCUCAGAAGGAAACAUCAAAUAAUCACAUCAAGAAGUCACAUCUACUCAUUCCAGGGGGACCUUCAAAGUGCUUGUCUGGAUUUCUUAAGGUGCUUGGUAGUGAAGGACCCACCUGGCUAAGCAGUGCCCUUUCUCUCCCUGUGUGUGACUGAAGAAUGAGAUGGGCAGAGCCCCUUUGUCACUGAACCAUGGAUUUGAGUUUUUACAGCUCCAUCACCUGUGGCUCCAUACUCCAGAGGUGUGUUCUGACUGCAGCCUCACACAGGAACACUCCUGGAGCUGCACAGAGAGCAACUACACCUUAAUUAUUUCUCAUUUCUUAAUAUUUGCUUUAUCCAUGUACUUGAGUACAAGGAAGGAAAAAAGAGGCUUGUGCAUUUCUGUUUGUUAGCCUGAUUUUCAAAGAGUCUUAUCUCUCAGCUCCCUGUUGUAUUCCAAGAAAUCUCUGAGUGCUGAGCACUUCCAAGGAACAAGUGAGGCAUGCCAAUUUCUCUAUAACAAGCCUAACUUGCAGCCAAUAUUUAAAUAAUGACAUUAAAACCAGGGAGAAUUCUAGAAAUUUCUAACAAAGCCUGAGAAACUAAGACUUCUAAGCAUAUAGAAAUUUCCUGUGACUGCUUCACAGAAAAUUCCUAUUAGGGGAAAAAUAUCCAAACUAAACCAAGCAAAUAAACAAAAAAAUCUGCAUAAAGGGAAAAAGAAGCAGUGCACAAGUUUGCAUGCUGCCUGUCAGGCACUCAAGGAAGUUUGAUUUCAGUGUUUACCUGUGCAAUAAUGGGGGAGCACAGCUGCCCCCCAGCAGCUCAGAAGGGGCUGCACAGGGGGAAAGGGGGUCUAGAAACAUAACAGGGAUUUCUGUAUCAUUUUCACUGCUGUUACAGUAUUUUAAAAUUAAAGAAAAUAUAAAAUUAAAGCUAUAUUCUACAAUUCCAGUGUCCAAUUAUGAACUAAGGUCCCUGUAAGGGAGCAACCAAAGUCUUUCAGAAGAUGUUCAACACAUAGAAGUGACGAACAAGUGUGAGUUACAGAGAUGGCUGAAUCUGGAGCGAGUUGGCAAACUCAGAAUUAGGCCAUUUUGGAAUAUUGCUCUAAGAAAGAAACUGGAAUCUUGCUGCUAAUGGGAGAAAAGUGAACUUGGCCCAUGUGGUAAAGGACUGACUGCUUUCAGCUCAUCAACUCCAACAGGAAUCAGCCAACAGCACUGGAUCCACAAUGAGUUCUGAUAGGAAAUAAGCUGAAAGAAUACCUUAGAGAGAAAGAUUUUCAACUGUGCUUUGAAGACACAGGCAGGAAGGUCUGGAUGAUGAAUAAAAAGUUCUCAUUCUGUAUGGCAAGCACCUCACCAGCUCUGGCACUGUUGGGGGUCAGGACACCCAGCAGAUGUGAAGCCAUGGAAUUCAGGGAGCCUUUUUGCUAAGAGAAGGGCCAAAAGGCUCUGGCUGAAAUGGAGAUGGCCAGAGAGCCCUCCAGCACAGGACAAGUGUGUGACAGCAUUGCCAGACCAGGAGGCAGCUCACAGGUGUGGCAGCACUCCCAAAACACGGGUGUCUUAACAGAACUGGGCAAGCAGAGCUCCCUGCUAAGCCAGAGGAAAAUUCCCCCUUGUUCUACCUCUACCAGUGAAAGCAAAAGUGUUAAUUGAGAACUGACCUGCUCUGUGAGCUCAGAGCAUACAGAGAUGGGAGAUAAUACAGAGAUGGGAGAUAACCCUGCCAAUCUGAUCCCCAGAGUUACUAAACCAGCACAAACUCACAGCAGGCGUGUGAGCUGCCAGAUGAGAUGAGAUGAUGCCUCAGCCCAGUGCUGGAGGUAAGAGACUUUGGGACUCCAUUAAUCAGUCACACUGCAGCAGCAUCAUGCAGCAUCCACCCAUGACAGUAUUCUAACAAAACACCAAGUUUGAUCCUGCUCUGGAGAAGCAGCUGUUUGGGAUGAGCAUGAAGACAGACUGGGUUCCACUGCGUUUUUGAAACUCAGUGGAAGACAAACAGAGCAAUGUUCCAAGUCCCAAAGUUACCUUUGAUCUCCUUUAAAAGUGCCAUUACCCUCCUUGAAGAUGCUGCCUGUUAGAAGCAAGAGAACUCCAGCAUGCUCUGACCUGUAAGACAUCACCCUAUCCAAAAUCCAUCAGUCAAAGAAGGGGAUGAGCCAGGUAACCCUGAUCUGCAGUGCUAUAUCAAGGAGGAAUCCAUCUAUCUUUUGAAAGAAAUGAGUUGAAAACUCUUUACAAGCAACAGCAAAACUUGCACUGAAUACAGGUGGAGGUGUUGUGGAUGAAGCAUCUCUCCUGUGGGGACAGAACCCAGAGUCUCCUGGGGCUGGGAAAAAUCAACAGCCAGGUACCUGUGCUCUCCUCUGGUUACUGAAGGGGAAAAGAGAUACAGACUCCACCAAGAGAAUUACUGCUCUGGGCAACUCACAUCCCUGAAACAUUUCAAAUGGACCAAGAACUAGUAGCAGGAAAUAUCUCUGGAAAUAAAACCAAAAGUAAAAAAAAAA